GACGGAUUUUGUUUUCUGGUAUUUUACUUUAUUGUGUUUUUUUUUAUUUAAUUUGUUUUUGUGAAUGCUUUGAUCCACGUGGGUUUGAAGACUUGAUGAUUUGGUUUGGGAUCGUGUAUGUUCGGAAAAACUAUCUGGUGGAGUUUAGAAAGAGAUUUUGACGAUCGGUUAUGAAUUUUGUGGUUUAUUAUAAAUCUUAUGAUUGAUCCGAGGGCAUGAUGUAUUUGAAUCGGGGUGUUAGAAUUAUUAGGAGGUUUGCUGCCACAUUAGAGAAUGUUUGGUGUAAAGCGUUUUUGUUGAUUGGUGAAGAUUUUUUCGUUGUCUUGGUUUCUGAGUUACAAUCUUACAAGGAUUUGUUUCUUGUGUAUUUUGCCCUCUGUGAAUCUCCUGGUGGUUAUUGCAUGGGAUUCACAUCUAUGGGCUGGUUGUUGGGAGCUGUUGAGGAGCUCCAAGAUUGAUGAGUACUCAGGCAAUGAGGGGGGGACAUACUGCAAGAGGUUAUCAUCGUAGGAAAUCAUUGGACUUGGACCUCAACAUCAUGCCACCAACCGAGAACCGAGAUCAAGGGGAGGCAUCUCAAUUGGCGUUUCAGGAAGCACAAGUUAAUCAACAACAGUCCGUACAACCUGCAAUGGUUGAUGUUGAGGCCAUUGAUGAUGAUGUUAUUGAAUCAUCCGCCACAGCAUUUGCUGAAGCUAAAAAUAAAUCCAGACGGAAUGCUAGGAAGAUUAUAGUUGAUGUGGAUGCAGAAGAGUGGAGCCAGGUGUCAAAUAAUAACCGCAUCAAGCGUAAGAGAGACGUGUCAAAUCAACAAGCUCUAAAUUCUGUUUUAUUGAUCAAUUUGGAAGGCAGCAAUAGCUUUAUGAAAGAGAAGCCUGCUCCAUCGAAGGAGCCCAAAUUCAGUUGUCCAAUAUGCAUGGGUCCGUUAGUAGAAGAAACGUCAACAAGGUGUGGUCAUAUUUUCUGCAAGUCAUGUAUCAGGGCUGCAAUAGCCGUCCAGAGCAAAUGCCCAUCCUGUAGGAAGAGAGUAACUGCCAAAGAACUCAUCAGAGUGUUCCUUCCUGGGACGAGGUUGGAGUGAGGCUUUUACAUGUAAGUAGCUUAAUUGGCUUGCUACUUUAUGCUUUUGUUCUCAUGGAUCAAAAGGGUUGCAUAUGCCUUAUUUUCAAUUUGCAUUUUGGUUAUUGGCCUAGUCCGGAGAUUUCUUUCAUAAAUAACCAUGUUUCGUUGGUUAGGAUUGAGAUUCUUUUAUUUGUAUUAUAACUUGUGGUCUAGGAUUGUUGUAAUGGGUUGUGUUUGAUUAAAGAGACAUUUGAAUCAGCUGUAUUUAUGAAAAGUUUGAAUAUAGGGUACUUCAGAAAGGGAGGUAUAUUAUGAAAUAAAUCCUUCGAGCUUAGUUUUUCUA